CAAUGGCACUCGUCGCCAUUUUGUGCUGGUGGUUGCGGCUAGCGGGGAGUAGGCGGCGGCGGGGCUCCCGGGGAGGGCAGCGCGCUCGGCGCUUCGCCCCUUCCUCCCUCCGCCUUGCUGCCUCCAGCUUUGAACUUGGUGAUUGCACGAAGCGGCUCCUGCUGAGCUGGGCGAGUUGGUGGAGGAGGCUGAGGGCCGAGGUGAUGUCAGGGAGCCCUCCCUUGACAGCCCGAGCCGAGAGUCCCUGCAGGAGGCACCACCCAGGCUGGCAGAUCAUGGUGGCAGCAGCGGGGGUGGCUGGGAAGUGAAACGGAGCCAGCGGCUGAAGAGGGGCCCUAGCAGCCCCCGAAGGUCCUAUCAGGACAUGGAGUAUGAAAGACGGGGUGGUCGUGGGGACAGGACUGGCCGCUAUGGAGCCGCUGACCGUUCCCAGGACGACAGUGGGGAGAACCGCAGCCGGGACCAUGACUACCGAGACAUGGACUACCGUUCGUACCCCCGCGAGUAUGGCAGCCAGGAGGGCAAGCACGACUAUGAUGACUCCUCCGAGGAGCAGAGUGCAGAGAUCCGUGGUCAGCUGCAGUCCCAUGGCAUCCAAGCGCGCGAGGUCCGGCUGAUGAGGAACAAAUCCUCAGGUCAGAGCCGGGGCUUCGCCUUCGUCGAGUUUAGUCACUUGCAGGACGCUACACGAUGGAUGGAAGCCAAUCAGCACUCGCUCAGCAUCCUGGGCCAGAAGGUGUCCAUGCACUACAGCGACCCCAAGCCCAAGAUCAAUGAGGACUGGCUGUGUAACAAGUGUGGCGUCCAGAACUUCAAACGCCGUGAGAAGUGCUUCAAAUGCGGUGUGCCCAAGUCAGAGGCAGAGCAGAAGCUGCCCCUGGGUGCCAGGCUGGAUCAGCAGACGCUGCCGCUGGGUGGACGGGAGCUGAGCCAAGGCCUGCUCCCCUUGCCACAGCCCUACCAGGCCCAGGGAGUGCUGGCCUCCCAGUCCCUGUCCCAGGGCUCAGAGCCAAGCUCCGAGAACGCCAACGACACCAUCAUUUUGCGCAACCUGAACCCACACAGCACCAUGGACUCCAUCCUGGGGGCCCUGGCACCCUACGCAGUGCUAUCCUCCUCCAACGUCCGAGUCAUCAAGGACAAGCAGACGCAACUGAACCGCGGCUUCGCCUUCAUCCAGCUCUCCACCAUCGAGGCAGCUCAGCUGCUACAGAUCCUGCAGGCCCUGCACCCGCCGCUCACCAUCGAUGGCAAGACCAUCAACGUUGAGUUUGCAAAGGGUUCUAAGAGGGACAUGGCCUCCAACGAAGGCAGCCGCAUCAAUGCUGCCUCUGUGGCCAGCACUGCCAUUGCUGCGGCCCAGUGGGCCAUCUCACAGGCCUCCCAGGGUGGGGAGGGUGCCUGGGCCACCACUGAGGAAUCAUCGGUGGACUACAGCUACUAUCAACAGGAUGAGGGCUAUGGCGGCAGCCAGGGCACAGAGUCCUCCCUCUAUGCCCAUGGCUACCUCAAGAGCGCCAAGGGUCCUGGCAUGACUGGAACCAAAGGGGACCCAGCUGGAGCAGGUGCCGAGGCCUCCCUAGAGCCGGGAGCAGACUCUGUGUCACUGCAGGCUUUCUCCCGCGCCCAAGCUGGUGCCACCCCUGGCAUCUACCAGCAGGCGGCAGCCGAGGCCAGUGGCAGCCAGAGCGCUGCUGCCAACAGCCAGUCAUACACCAUCAUAUCGCCUGCUGUGCUCAAAUCUGAGCUCCAGAGCCCCACCCAUCCCAGCUCUGCCCUGCCACCAGCCACCAGCCCCACUGCCCAGGAGUCCUACAGCCAGUACCCUGUUCCUGACGUCUCCACCUACCAGUACGAUGAGACAUCCGGCUACUACUAUGAUCCUCAGACUGGCCUCUACUACGAUCCCAACUCCCAGUAUUACUACAAUGCUCAGAGCCAGCAAUACCUGUACUGGGAUGGGGAGAGGCGGACCUACGUUCCUGCCCUGGAGCAGUCGGCCGACGGGCAUAAGGAGACAGGGGCGCCUUCCAAGGAGGGCAAAGAGAAGAAGGAGAAGCACAAGACCAAGACGGCCCAGCAGAUCGCCAAGGACAUGGAGCGCUGGGCCCGCAGUCUCAACAAGCAGAAAGAAAACUUCAAAAACAGCUUCCAGCCUAUCAGCUCCCUGCGGGACGAUGAGAGGCGGGAGUCAGCCACCGCAGAUGCGGGCUACGCCAUCCUGGAGAAGAAGGGAGCACUCGCUGAGAGGCAGCACACCAGCAUGGAUCUCCCGAAACUGGCCAGCGACGACCGCCCAAGCCCACCCCGAGGGUUGGUGGCCGCCUACAGCGGUGAGAGUGACAGUGAGGAGGAGCAGGAGCGAGGGGGCCCGGAGCGGGAAGAGAAGCUCACAGACUGGCAGAAGCUGGCCUGCCUGCUCUGCCGGCGCCAGUUCCCCAGCAAGGAGGCGCUCAUCCGGCACCAGCAGCUCUCCGGGCUCCACAAGCAAAACCUUGAGAUUCAUCGGCGAGCGCACCUGUCAGAAAAUGAACUAGAAGCACUUGAGAAGAAUGACAUGGAGCAAAUGAAGUACCGGGACCGGGCAGCCGAACGCAGAGAGAAGUAUGGCAUCCCUGAGCCGAGGCCCAUGCCCAGGGCCAGGUGGGGGGCUUGGGGCCAGCAGGCCAGUCACUCACACUGUGCUGCUGUCCCCUGCAGAGACUUUGAGCAGCCCACGCGGGAUGGUCUGGGCAGUGACAACAUCGGCAGUCGCAUGCUCCAGGCCAUGGGCUGGAAAGAGGGCAGUGGCCUGGGUCGCAAGAAGCAGGGCAUUGUGACCCCCAUUGAGGCCCAGACACGGGUGCGGGGCUCCGGUUUGGGUGCCCGAGGCAGCUCCUAUGGGGUCACCUCCACCGAGUCCUACAAGGAAACAUUGCACAAGACAAUGGUGACCCGCUUUAAUGAGGCCCAGUGAGGACCUGUGAGAGCUACUUCGACAGCUCUGCUCCUACCAGCCCGGGACGGGAAGAAUGACAUGUCUGCUGUUCUGAGCAGGGCUCUGCACCUGUCCACCAGCCCACUCCCCAGCCAGACAGGCCCUGACCACGUCAGACUUUGAGUUGGUGACUUGUUGGAAAACUGGGCUAGGAUCGAGUUCUUUUUGUAAUAAAAGCUGAAAAGUC